AUUGGGUUUAAAGACUGAUCAGAAAAACACUGCACAGCAGUAAUAUUCACAACUCUGGAAAGUUAUCAAGUUGCAACCAUGUUUAUUAGUGCGCACAUGUGGAGUGCGUCUGUGUCCGCGAAACACACACACACAGAAACUUUUUGGCCCCCGCACUUCUGUAAUGAAUCCGGCGCCCCUGAUGUACUGUACAGUGUGUUAACGUACUUGUAAUUUAUUAUUUAUUUAAUUAUAGAGAAAUAUUGUUUGUGAGUUCAUUUGAAAGGAAAUCCUUCCACAAUAAGCUCUGCAGUCUCACAGAACUGCUGGUUAAACUUGAAGGGGGCUCUAAGACUCAGCUUUUCUUCUAUCUUCUGUAUCAUAUACCACAUGAUAUCAUCAACAUAAACCACGACAUCCGUUGUUCACUCUGGACUAAGUUUCUCACACAUAAGCUCGAAACACAUUCUUGGUCAUUUUUCUUUGGAGGCAGUAAAAAAGUGGAAUAUCCUGCAGAUCACUCCUGGUUUAUACGAAAAUCUUGCUCGCUUUCUGCAACCAGAAUAAGUCGUGGAAGUUCUGCAUUCACAAGAUGAGGCUGUGUCUCCUGCUCUGCGUCCUCUGCCUGAUGGCUCCUGUUGGCUACAGUCAGCUUCCAGGUCCUCCAGGUCCUCCUGGUCCUCCUGGUCCUCCUGGUCCCCCAGGAGAGGUGGGACCUGCUGGACCUCCUGGAGCUGAUGGACAUGAUGGACCUGCUGUAAUGUGUGGACGAGAUCUACUUGACUUUGUUGACCAGGACCUUGAAGCCUUAAAGAAAAGCUUUUCUAAGUUGGAGCUGGCUGUGAACCACGACUUUGUCCGGAGAGUUGGUCAGAAAUACUUUGUGUCAAACAAGGAGAGAGGCUCUUUCUCCCAGGCCAUGGAGUUCUGCUCCCAACAAGACUUAGAGCUGGCUUUGCCCAGGAACGAGGAGGAGAACAGCGCACUGACUCAGCUGUUUGGUGAAGUGGACAAAAUGGUCUGGAUCUAUGUCAACAAUAAAAAAGCAGAGGGUCAUUUUGAGACAGAUAUGAAAAACCGUCGUCUGACCUUCACCAAAUGGGGUGAAGGGCAGCCAAACGGAUCUGUCGGGGAUACGGGCUGCACCAUGCUGUCAGAAAACGGCGUCUGGCGAGUGUCACAAGAUUGCUCUCUGAAUGCUUACAUCAUUUGUCAGAUAUAACCAUAUAUCGUAUCCCUUGCAAUUCUUGCUUUAAUGGAAAGUUUUUCAUGUGCUCGAUCUUAUCUGGCGUAUGAUAAAGUAUUGCUUCACUGUGUUGACGCUGUGUAGGGGAAGAUGCAGAUGCAAAGUGUCCACGCUUCGCAUAUUUACCACAGAUAAAGUGUCCAGCAGAAUUUGAACAUGACACAUCUGUAACCAGUGUUGUGUUCAGUAUAAACGCUUCUUUUUAAAAUA